AUAUGACGCAACUUUGGGAUCAACCUCCUUCAAACGAACAAAGCAUUGAACCGUUAUAAAGCGAAUUUUAAUGACUGGCACCGGAGAUGGAACGACAGAGUGUGAACGUAGAUGUGUGCGUCAUGGCCGGGAAAGCGCUUGAUCCUAUUUCCGCUGCAAUUUUUCAAAGGAAGUGAGGUAGCGGCGCUGUCCGUCUGUCAAAACAAACGGUGCUGUGGAUAGUGUUGGAUUUGCCUUGGCUCGGAGAAAUGUCUUUCUUCGGAGUAUAUUUAGGGACGGUGAGAAGGAAGCUGGAGCUGUGGAGAGAGCUGGGCCGACAAUACCCUGUCUUCUGCUUUCUGCUCGUGCUCCUACUUCUGUCUACUGUGUUAUUGAAUAGGUAUCUUCACGUUAUAAUCAUUUUCUGGUCAUUCUUAGCGGGAGUGGUUACCUUUUAUUGCUCUCUGGGGCCCGAGACACUUCUUCCUAAUAUACUAAUUACAAUUAAAGCAAAGAAAAAGUCAGAUCAGCAAGAGCUCUUUCCUUUUGCCCACAGCUGUGCUGUCUGUGGGAAAAGUAAAUGCACAAAACACAGACCAACAUUGCUUCUUGAAAACUAUCAGCCAUGGUUAGAUUUAAAAGUGCACUCCAAGGUUGAUGCAUCUCUGUCUGAGAUUCUUGAACUUGUCCUUGAAAACUUUGUGUACCCAUGGUACAGGGAUAUUACAGAUGAUGAAGCAUUUGUGGAUGAUCUCAGAGUGACCUUGCGCUUUGUAACUGCAGUGCUGGUCUGCCGAGCACAAAGAGUUGAUAUUCCAUCUCUCAUAACACUCAAACUACUUAAAGUUGCCAUGAAGCACAUUGAAAUAAUUGCCAAAGCAAGACAAAAAGUGAAGAACUUGGGACAUCUGCAGCAGGCUGCGUUAGAGGAGUAUGGUCCUGAUCUGCAUGUGGCUUUGCGCAGCAGGAGGGAUGAGCUGCUCUACCUACGCAAGCUUACUGAGAUGCUUUUCCCAUACAUUUUGCCUCCAAAAGCUACCGACUGCAGAUCUCUUACUCUUCUGAUAAGAGAGGUUCUUGCUGGCUCUGUAUUCCUUCCUGCUAUGGAUUAUUUGGCUGAUCCUGAUACUGUGAAUCAAUUGCUGCAUAUUUUUAUUGACAACUCUCCACCUGAAGCUGCUACUGAACCAGCUUCUGCAUUUGUGCCAUUCCUGCAGAAAUAUGCAGACCAACGCAAUAAGAAGUCUUCAGUAUUAAAGCUAGAACUUAAGGAGAUCCGGGAGCAGCAGGACCUGCUGUUUCGCUUCAUGAAUUUCCUGAAGCAAGAAGGAGCAGUUCAUGUGCUGCAGUUCUGCCUCACUGUUGAAGAGUUUAACGAUAAGAUACUUCGGCCAGAACUAUCGGAUGCUGAAAAACUUAUGCUGCAUGAGGAGGUGAAAAAGAUAUAUGAGACAUACUGCCUUGAUGAGAGCAUUGACAAAAUCCGCUUUGACCCUUUUAUUGUUGAGGAGAUAAGAAACAUUGCAGAGGGUGCGUAUGCUGACGUUGUUAAACUGCAGACUAUGCGUUGUCUGUUUGAGGCCUAUGAACAUGUUCUUUCCUUGUUGGAGAAUGUUUUUACUCCCAUGUUCUGCCAUAGUGAUGAGUAUUUUAGACAACUGCUCCGGGGGGCAGAAUCCCCAACCAGGAGCUCAAGACUUGGCAGAAAUAGCGUGAGUUUGGAUGACAUCCGCUUUUCUGAGUGGGACUCUGCCAUGAGCCUAGAGUCUCUGUUCAGCUCAUCUGCAUCUGUCUGCUCUAAUGUCUCACCCAUUCUUACCUACCCAUCUGGCUCUAAUGCAAUGCGCACUGUUGUACUUAAGAACACAUCAAAGCGAGGAGAAUCAUUUGGCAUCAGCCGCAUCGGCAGUAAAAUAAAAGGGGUUUUUAAGAGUACCACCAUGGAAGGAGCCAUGCUUCCCUCUUAUGGACUAGCAGAGGGAGAGGAUGAUAUGGUUGAGGAGGCCAUCAUGGUUAUGGAGGAUGAUUUACCCAUGGAGGCUGUCAGUACUCCAAGUACACCUCGUAACCUGACAGCCUGGAGCAUCACUAUCCCCUAUGUUGACUUAUUUGAUGAUGAAGUAAAAAAAGAGAGAAUUCCUGUGUAUUGCAUAGAUGUGGAGAGAAACGACAGGAGAGCAGUGGGUCAUGAGACAGAACAUUGGUCUGUUUAUCGAAGAUACCUGGAAUUUUAUGUUCUUGAGUCCAAACUUACAGAGUUUCACGGUUCAUUCCCUGAUGCACAACUUCCAUCUAAGAGGAUAAUUGGACCUAAAAAUUAUGAGUUUUUAACAUCUAAGCGUGAGGAAUUUCAGGAAUAUCUACAGAAUCUCCUGCAACACCCUGAGUUGAGCAAUAGCCAGCUGCUGGCAGACUUUCUGUCCCCUCACAGCGUGGAGUCGCAAUUUCAUGACAAGAUGUUACCUGAUGUCAAUCUUGGGAAGAUAAUUAAAUCUGUACCUAGCAAACUAAUCAAAGAGAAAGGCCAGCACCUAGAACCAUUUAUCCAGGCGUUCUUCAACUCGUGUGAGUCACCAAAACCUAAACCCAGCCGGCCAGAACUCACCAUCCUCAGCCCCACAUCGGAAAACAACAAAAAGCUUUUCAAUGAACUAUACAAAAACAAUGCAAAUCGCUCAGAGGUCACAGAGAAGAGGCACAAUCUGAAUUAUUUUAUGGAGAUGAUUACUGUAGAAGGUGUUUAUGACUACUUAAUGUUUUUAGGACGAGUGGUAUUUCAUAUACCUGAUUGGUUGCACCAUCUCCUAAUGGGUGGGCGCAUCCUGAUCAAAAACACACUGGAAGCUUAUACUGAAUACUAUCUGCAGAACAAACUUGAUCAGGUGUUGCAAGAGCAUCGUGUGGUUUCACUUAUCACUCUGCUCAGAGAUGCGGUAUUCUGUGAGAACAGUGAACCACGCUCUUUAGAGGACAAACAAAAAAGAGCCAGAAAAACGUUUGACGAAAUGAGGAAUUACAUUCCAGAUUUGCUUGGAAAAUGUAUUGGCGAGGAAGCAAAAAAUGAGGGAAUAAGGCUUCUUUUUAAUGGAUUUCAGCAGCCAGUUCUUAAUAAGCAGCUCACAUACAUCCUGCUUGAUGUAGUAAUUCUGGAGCUUUUCCCUGAACUAAACAAAGUACAAAGAGAAACUUCUGUAAUGGCUCCAUGGAUGUAGAAAAACACCACAACAUAGAUGCAGUUUCCUGUGUACCUGCAUGUGCAAAAUCCAAUGUAAAUGUCAGAACAACCAUUUACAGUAGUGUAGUUUUAGACUAUACAAUUAUUAUUAUACAAAGCAUGACUUUAUCCAUAUAGAUUGAUGCACGGGUUUGGCCAUAACAUAAUUAACUGCAUUGAAAUGCCCAUAACAACAUAAAGCAAGAUUAAAACCUUUUUUUCUAUAGAAAAAGCUUUAUUUUUUAAAAUCUAUUUUUUCCAACUAUUAAAUUGGACUGUAUCAGUGACUGCUUUAAAAGAGUGAAUAGGUUGUGAUACACUAUGUUAAAAAAAAAAAAAUUUGUGUUGUUAAUUGUGAAAACAAUAUGUUUUAAAUGUUAUGUAACCAUAUAUUGCUGUCAGGAAAAUUAAAAUUGGACAAGUGUGUGUUUUGGGGGAGAUAUUUGUAAAUACUCUCUAUCUUGACACUACCCACUACUCUUUCAUUCACUGUUAUGAUGCAAGUGUGUGUUUACAUGUGCCUCAAUAAAAUAUUUUAUAUAAACCA